UGAGCUACUUAGUACUGGGGUCUUAGCAGUGUGGUAGAGAUUCCCCUGGAUGGUCCGGCCUCAACCUGGAGGGGAAAUUGACCCAUACACCCAGCACCUGCAGAGCUAAACCAAAGUACAUCCUCUGUGCCUGGGACCUCCUUUCCCUCUCCACCUCCCUACCCCAUAGCCGCCCCCCCUCCCCCCAGUGACCCAUAGCCUUGGCCAGAACUGCAUGCCUGUUGAUGUGCAUGUGUGUUGAAUCUUGGGCACCCACCUUUUGGGGUUCAACGCUUCUCUGGUUUAACCACAGGAGGCAACGCAGCAUCAAACAAUGACCCCGAAAUGGAUGGGGAAGAUGGGGUUUCCUUCAUCAGUCCAUUGGGUAUCCUGUACACCCCGGCCUUAAAAGUGAUGGAGGGCCAUGGGGAAGUGAAUAUCAAGCAUUAUCUAAACUGCAGUCACUGUGAGGUAGACGAAUGCCACAUGGACCCCGAGAGCCACAAAGUCAUCUGUUUCUGUGAACACGGGACCGUGCUGGCUGAGGAUGGUGUCUCCUGCAUUGUGUCGGCCACCCCGGAACCCCGCCUGCCGCUCUCACUGAUCCUCUCCGUCGUGACCUCUGCCCUGGUGGCCGCCCUUGUCCUGGCAUUCUCCGGCAUCAUGAUUGUGUACCGCCGGAAGCACCAGGAGUUGCAAGCUAUGCAGAUGGAGCUGCAGAGCCCCGAGUAUAAGCUGAGCAAGCUCCGGACCUCGACCAUCAUGACUGACUACAACCCCAACUACUGCUUUGCGGGCAAGACCUCCUCCAUCAGCGACCUGAAGGAAGUGCCUCGGAAAAACAUCACCCUCAUCCGGGGCCUAGGCCAUGGCGCAUUUGGGGAGGUGUAUGAAGGCCAGGUAUCUGGAAUGCCCAAUGACCCAAGCCCUCUACAAGUGGCUGUAAAGACACUGCCGGAAGUGUGCUCAGAACAAGAUGAGCUGGAUUUCCUCAUGGAAGCUCUGAUCAUCAGCAAAUUCAACCACCAGAACAUUGUUCGCUGCAUCGGGGUGAGUCUGCAAGCCCUGCCCCGCUUCAUCCUGCUGGAGCUCAUGGCCGGUGGAGACCUCAAGUCCUUCCUCAGGGAGACGCGCCCUCGCCCGAACCAGCCCACCUCCCUGGCCAUGUUGGAUCUGCUGCAUGUGGCUCGGGACAUCGCCUGUGGCUGUCAGUACCUGGAGGAAAACCAUUUCAUCCACCGGGAUAUUGCUGCUAGAAAUUGUCUUCUAACCUGUCCGGGAGCUGGAAGAAUAGCAAAGAUUGGAGACUUUGGGAUGGCCCGAGACAUCUACAGGGCCAGCUACUACAGAAAGGGCGGGUGUGCCAUGCUGCCGGUGAAGUGGAUGCCCCCAGAGGCCUUCAUGGAAGGAAUAUUUACUUCUAAAACAGAUACAUGGUCUUUUGGAGUGUUGCUGUGGGAAAUAUUUUCUCUCGGGUACAUGCCAUACCCCAGCAAGAGCAACCAGGAAGUUCUGGAGUUUGUCACCAGUGGAGGACGGAUGGACCCACCUAAGAACUGCCCCGGGCCUGUCUAUCGGAUUAUGACUCAGUGCUGGCAGCAUCAGCCUGAAGACAGACCCAACUUCGCCAUCAUUUUGGAGAGGAUUGAAUACUGCACCCAGGAUCCGGACGUCAUCAACACAGCUCUGCCCAUAGAGUAUGGCCCGGUGGUGGAGGAGGAGGAGAAAGUACCCAUGAGGCCCAAAGACCCCGACGGCAUACCUCCUCUGCUGGUGUCCCCCCAGCCGGUGAAGCACGAGGAGGCACCCGCCGCCCCCCAGCCCGCAGCCCUGGUGGCGCCAGGUCCCUUGGUGAAGAAGCCCCCGGGUGCAGGCGCGGGAGGAGUGGGUGCGGGUACCGGCCGGGUACCCCGGGGGGCGGCCGAUCGGGGCCACGUGAACAUGGCGUUCUCCCAGCCCAACCCUCCUCCCCCGGAGCUGCACAAGAGCGCGGGCUCCAGAAACAAGCCGACCAGCCUGUGGAACCCCACCUACGGCUCGUGGUUCACGGAGAAGCCGGCCAAAAAGACCCAUCCCCCGCCGCCGCCGCCGCCGGGCGCGGAGCCGCAGGCGCGGGCCGGAGCGGCAGAGGGGGGCUGGACCGGGCCGGGCGCGGGGCCCCGCAGACCCGGGGCGGCGCUGCUCCUGGAGCCGUCGGCGCUGAGCGCCACCAUGAAGGAGGUGCCGCUGUUCAGGCUGCGCCACUUCCCCUGUGGGAACGUCAACUACGGCUACCAGCAGCAGGGGCUCCCCUUGGAAGCCACCGCGGCCGCCCCCGGGGACACCGCGCUGAAAAGCAAGAACAAGGUCACCCAGCCGGGGCCCUGAGCCCUGCGCCACACUAGCUUCUCCCUCUGAUGGAGCUGGAGCCCCCACCCCGGGAGAGGGAAGACGGACAGAACGGUUCCACCACAAACCAGAGACCAAAUGUCACUUUCAUUUUGUGCCAACUUGUUUUGAAGUGCCACAUUUAAAAAAUCAUAAAUAAGGAAAACUUGUAUUUUCGAGAUGCGUUAGAAAGGUUUUUGAGCAUGGGUUCAUCUAUCCUUUCAAAAGAAAAUGCCAUUUAAAAAAAAAAAAA